UGAAUUUAUAAGUUAGUUCAAGUUUUCUCCGGUAGAGUACCUGUCGUGCGCAGUUCAGUAGUUGCAGCAACACGCGCCCAGCGCCACCGUCUUUCUUUUCUAGCAGAACCCGUCAACAAACAUGGGUAUUGAUAUCAAUCACAAACACGACCGCAAGGUUAGGCGCACUGAGCCCCGCAGCCAAGAUGUAUACUUACGUCUUCUUGUCAAGCUGUACAGAUACUUGGCUCGUCGUACAAACGCCAAGUUCAACAAAAUCGUGUUGCGGCGUUUGUUUAUGAGCAAAAUUAACAGACCGCCAAUUUCCAUUGCGCGGAUUGUGCGCGCCAUGAAGAAGCCCGGUCGUGAGGGUCUCACCGUGGUCGUUGUUGGAUCCAUCACCGACGACGCUAGGAUCUGGGAGCUGCCCAAACUCACUGUUUGCGCACUUCACGUCACUGAAAAGGCUCGUGCUCGGAUCCUUAAAGCUGGUGGAGAAAUUUUGACUUUUGAUCAAUUGGCUCUGAAGGCACCUACCGGCAAGAAAACCUUGCUGAUUCAGGGCAGGCGUAAGUCUCGCGAGGCCGACAGGCACUUCGGGCCAGCGCCGGGCGUUCCACACUCGCACACCAAGCCGUUCGUUAAGUCCAAGGGCCGCAAGUUCGAGCGUGCUCGUGGUCGCAGGAAGUCUUGCGGCUACAAGAAGUAAAUUAGCCUGUUAUUUCUACACAAUAAACAAAAAAUCCAUAUUGUCUUUUCUGUUUUACAUCAAAUAAAGAAAUGUAUCACAGGAAA